CUUGCCCCUCUCUUGCCUCCAUUGGACUCGGGCUUCGGGCGGAUUGCACCCAGAAGACUCUCCCCUGCUGGCUCCUGUGGUGAUUCUUCAAACCGACGCACUUCAAGGCCAUUCUGGACCUGCGACGAGUACUAGUAGGCCUUUCUCGAGCGGCUUUCGCCCCGGUUGAAUCGGCAUCAGCGCCACCCAGCAUACAUCCGCAAUCCUGCCCAUAACAGAAGCACCACCCGCACAUAGCCGAUAGACGUUGUAUCUCAAAAUUCAUUCUCUGACAUCUCAAAAUUUCUCCCAAAACCUCAAUUUCCAAAGCCUCGAGCAUGGCCUCUCCAGCUCAUUGCUACUACUGUUUCGAGAGCCUCGCGGCCUCCUAUAAAGACAACAAAGAGCCUAUCAGCCUCGCCUCCGUGGAAGAGCUCUGGGAGCGACACGAGCAAUUCAAGAAACUCGCGGCUCUGAACAACGACAACGACGACGAGCCAGUAUCAUUGAAAGAGAAUGUGCCGUUAGACGACGACGACGUCGACGACGAUGAACCAACCCCGAGUAGUCACUCCCGCAAGACCAAGUUACCCAUCGUCAGCCGCCUCCAGUCCGACUCGAGCUCAUCCACAACGCCCUCCCUCACAUCCACCAACUCAUCGCAAUCCAUGCGAUCCACCUCCACGACCCUCACGACCCCGGGCUCAUCAUCGACCCGAUCCGGCCGUCCCCGCGAAGAAAAAUACCCCCUCUUCGUAACGUGGAACACCUUCUCCAAACACGGCCAUAAAUCCCUCCGCGGAUGCAUCGGCACCUUCGAGGCUCAGGAACUCGCCCGUGGCCUCCAGAAAUACGCUCUCACUUCCGCAUUCGACGACUCACGAUUCUCGCCAAUUCCCGAGUCUCUCCUCCCAUCUCUAUCCUGUUCAUUGACCCUCCUGGGGACCUUCGAGCCCUGCACCAACGCGAUGGACUGGAUCCUGGGGGUGCACGGGCUGCGCAUCUCCUUCGUCCACCGCGGGAGACGUUACGGCGCGACCUACCUCCCAGAUGUGGCUGUCGAGCAAGGCUGGACGAAAGAAGAGACUGUGACGAGCCUGAUGCACAAGGCGGGCUGGGAUGGGCCAUCCGAGAGCGCAGCACGACGGUUCCUGAGGGGCAGUAACAGUUCGAGUCACGGUUCUUCGAGCGGGGCCGUGAAGCCAUGGGAUCAGGUCUCGGACUUCAGGACGGUCAAGUAUCAGGGUCUGAAGGCGAGUAGCAGUUACGCGGAGUGGCAGGAUUGGAGGCAGUGGGUUCUGUCGUUGGAGGACGGGAAUGAGGAGUUAUUGGGCUAAAUGGUUGGCAUGAGUCACGACUGGCCCAUCCUUUUGUUGGGAGAGAGAGAGAGACUGGGCUCACUAUACGAAGGGCUGCAAUGAUUUACGAUACGAUGUAAUGGUGUCUACGAGACAGGCAAGGCGUUCUCAGUCAACUAAUAUGUAGUAUUUUCGGGAAUAAUCUAUUCAUCAUCUACUGAACCAAUAAAC